UUCCUCAUGGAACAGUGAAAGGAAGAAGAUACAUUGCAACAAUUAACAAAGAAAAGUGGAUGAUCCGCUUUCCUUCAUUUUGGGGAUUUCUUUUCCAUUUGCCCAAUGGCUCUUUUCAGGCAUUCCUGUACCUGGGUGAUUUUCCUCUUGCUAUCAGCAAUUCAUGUUCAGGCACAGAAUUCAGAUUGUGGUGUGCAAGAUAACCCUGUUGAUGUUGAAGAGAAUAACCCUCCUGGGGCUUUGAUUACCAACAUUACCACAGCUGACGGUGUCACAGUAAAAAUCAACCCAUUGGUAAUGAAUGGUGACCAGUUUGAGAUUCAGAACUCACAACUGCUCCUGAAAAAUUCAGUGGAUUAUGAGGUUACAACAGCGCUAGUUGUAGAACUACAGUGCUUCAGAGCGGAUAUGGUCGUAAAUAGUAUUAUUGUUGUAGUGAACAUUAUCAAUGUGAACGACAACCCUCCUGUGUUUCCAGAAACCAACAUCACCGUCAAUGUUCGAGAGGAUACAGCAGUGAACACAACUGUUGUGCCCCAGGCUAAUGUAACAGCUAAGGACGCUGACAAAGACACAAUAUAUUACAGCCUUACAGCAGAUCCACCAGUAGGAUUGGAGUAUUUUAACACUGAAGGAGUUAAUAACCCGCAAAUUUACUUGCGCAGAACCUUGGAUUAUGAAAAAAUUAACUACAUGCAGCUUGUCUUAUAUGCCAUGGAUGGGAAGGCCGGUGAAGCUCCACACACAGCCACUGCAACAAUAACCAUACAUGUCCUACAGGCUGACCGGAGACCUCCCUGGUUCCAGCCAUGCACUUCUUUUGGAGGGAAUAUAAUGUGCAUCAACCAGGGCUACACUGGCACGGUCAACGUCUCGGAGUAUAUGAAUGAGUCUUUGGUCUUGGAGCCAGGACCCCUCUAUGCUAUUGAUGGGGACAGAGAUUUGAAUGAAAAAGUAGAGUAUGCAAUUGCUGAUGGAAAUGAUGACACAUUCUUAAUAAACAAGGAUUCUGGGGAAAUAACAAUGAAAAAGACUGUUAACACUCUGAAGACUUUCAUGCUGUAUGUUGUGGCUUUCCAGACCAACAAUCCAUACAGAUAUUCCCAAACAACAGUGGAAAUCAAGGUUGUGCAUAGAAAUGACCACAAGCCAUACUUUGAGAAAGCCCUUUAUGCAGGAACUGUGUCUGUGGGCCUGCCUGUUCCCAGCCUGGUCAUGGAGGCUGGGAAACCUUCAGUGCCCCUACGCAUCUUUGCAGCGGAUGAUGACUUCACUGAUAAAUUCAAUCCUGAUAUCAAAUACCAAAUCGAAAACAGCACAAAUUUCACAGUUACCGUAGAUGGAUUUCUCCUGACUGCUGUAGUUUUGGAUGUGGCCUCCACCGUCACCCUUUUGGCUAUUGCUAAUGACACAGCUACUCUGCAAGAGGUCAGCACCCUGAUAACUGUAGAUGUCAAGCCUUUGGAAACUACAACCAUUCUUCCUACAGCCAUCACUACCACAGGGGCAGGGACCACUAUUUCAGAUAUUUCAGAUUUACCACCUGGGACAAUCACUACUCUUCCUAUAACACCUUCUGCAAGUACAACCAGGAAUACUGCCAUUACAGAGAAGCCUGCAACAGGCCCAACAUCUGACUCAAUCAUCCCUCCUUUUGUAACUACAACAAAGUCUCCCAUAAUCACAGGUAGCACUUUAGAACCUCAGACCGCCAGUUCUCCCUUCACUGGGAUAAGCCAAGCAACAGAUAGGACUGAUGAAUCUACUGCUGAAACAACUUUUCACUCUGGAGUAACUGAGCCUUCCAUAUCCACGGCAACAGGUGGAACGGUCCAAACUGUUACUUCAGCUUCUUCUCAGCCUGGAACCACCACCACACAUCCCACAACAGGUAUAAGCCCAGCAACAGAUAAAAGGCCGACUGCAAAUACACCUUCUCAGGCUGGAACUACCACAAAGCAUCUCGUAACAGGUGAGAGCCCAGCAACAGAUGGUACUAUAGGGCAAUCGACUACUAAGGCACCUCAGACAGAAACCACCAAAGUAACUGAUACGACUGUUUCUUCCACUGUUCCAACACCUCUCUAUAAUGGAACAACCACAGGAGAUGCAACUAGAACAACCACCCUAUCGAUAACAACUUCAUUUUCUGGCACCCAAACGACGUCCACUCAACCAGAACAGAGUUGUCUGUAUAGAGCAGAUGACAUGGUUGCUGUGGGCGCCACUUUGGGAUGUUUACUGCUAGUCACAUUAGUGCUGCUCGGACUGGUCUCCUACAAGUAUUACAAACUAAAACAAAAUGGAGAAGACAGCGAAUCUGUUGAAGCCUUGAUCAAUGGCAACUUAGAAGGCAAUGAGAAUCCUAACUACUCAGGUGGAAAGGAGGAUAAGUUGCCAGCAAGUGUGAAGUCUGAAGAUGACAAACCAGUUGCAGAGAAGCUGUCAGGCACCCCGCCUCCUUUGGAGAAAGAGGAAAGCAGCCAGGAAUCAGCAGCUUCUGAUACGAACAAGGAAGGUGCAGAAGGUGACGGGGACACAGACAGUGAAAAGGAAGUGAGAUCCAUCCUCACUAAAGACAGAAGGAUGUCAGACGAUGGCUACAAAGCAGUGUGGUUUAAAGAAGACAUUGACCCAGAAGCUAAGGAUGAAGUUUUGAUGAUUGAAAAUGACAGCGAUACAGAACAGAAAGGGAAUGAGAGUGACAGUGACAAUGCUGAUGACCAGGCUGGUGACAAUGAAGUUGGUGAUGGUGCCAGAGGUGGCAGUGACAGGUCCUUCACUCUAGGAAAAGCUCAACUCCCAGAAAUUGAUUCUACUGAUGAUCUUCAGGAUACAGAAGAAAAUGGUGUUUUUUUGUAGGUGAAAUAUUGUCCAGGAUUCUGUGAUAGAGCUGACUGUUUUAAACUAUGUUCUGACCAAGCUUCUGCAGCUUCUUCCUAUUACCUCGGCCAAUUAAUGAGCAGCAUUCACCAGGAAGGGCAGUGUGCAAUCUUGUCCCCUUGGUAAUAUAUCACACCUUCCCCAAGGAUAAAGGUGAUAGAUAACAACAUCUUGCAGAAUUGUUAGGAUCAUUCAGCUCAAGCAUGAUAAUUAAUAUACAGCAGCCAGGACCAACCCAAAACAGUUUGAUCCCUGAAGCAGCCAAUUCAAAUGGAGCCACCACCUUCCAACAUGAAAUAGCAAAUGGCUUGUAGAAGAUGUACCUGUUAUCACCGGCAUAGUGAGCUCGGCUAUGGUUGCUGCUAGUUUACUUCUAAGCAAUGGCUGCUGUUCCACUGGUGUUAAUUCUGCUAGUAGAUUUGGACUCAUAGUGUUCAACACAGAGAUGUCCAGCUUGGUGGGAUCAAUGCGGCCAGUCAUCAGCAAAAGCCAACAUCU